UCGUUCAUUUUUUUUCUACUAGUGCGUUUGCGUUACUUUACUACACGAAACUCUGCAUUAUUUUUGUUACAAAAUUGCAAAACAUUAUUAAUUACUAUUAUUUGUCUUUAUUACUAUCGAAGUCGAUUAAUUUCGGUGUAAUUCGAGUUCACCAUUUUCGUUUUUGUUAAUUUUCGCUAUCGCGAUCUAAAUAAGUUCGCAAAAUAUUAUCGAUAUCGAUGCCUCGAGAUAUUGUUAUUGUUUCAACGAUUUCAUGCGAUAACUGUUGACUGACCAUCUUUUUCAAUUCAACUCAACUCGGACGCAUUCUUCGAAAAGUAUUUCUCGACUACUAUCGUUUCGGAUGAGUACAGAUUCUGUUUUAAUCUUUCGAGAGCACGCGGACGUAAUUAGUGUUUGAUUCUCUAGGCGAAUCUAUGAGACUGAUAUAUAUAUUACCUUUACCUAUUUCAUUGCGGGUGAAUUUAGUCUGUAUGUUGCGUAUCGUUGAGAAGAAAUUUGAACAUCAAUCGCGCUAAUGAACGUAUAUUCGGCGCAGAAAUAACCUACAGCCGCGAUGAGUAACGUGAACGUUGAUAGCAGCACCGGUGGCGGCAGCAGCAGCAGCGGAGAAACGAACGAUGCGAGUGCGAAUAAUCGCGCCUCCGAAGAAAACAAUGCCAACGCUACCGCCAGCACUAGCACUAGCACCGGCACCGUAGCUAGCACCAGCGGUAGUGGAAAUGCCGACGAUACUGUUGUGGGCCCGAAAACUGAACCAGUCUCCGCCGCUGAUGGUGAAAAAAGCCUUGAAAAUGGUUCGGAGACGACGCCGAAACCGGUCAGUCGACCGCCGUAUAUUCCACCUCAUUUAAUGGGACGCGACUUGAACGAUCCGGCUCAAGAUAUGGUCGGUACUGGUCGACGUGUUCAGAAACCUCGUCUCGGAGUCAAGGUUCCGUAUCGUAAUUUAACUAGUCAAAUCGUAUCUCAAGAUGAAAUCGCGCAAGAAAUAUUGGAACGAUCGAUGCGAAAAUAUUCGUAUUCCGAAGCGGAAGGAGGCGACGUGUUUUUUGCCAUGAAAUUAACCCAUCGGCUGGCUAAUAAAAUUACUCCGUCGACCGAGUCGUCUAACGAUAAAGCAGCCGCCGCAACCACCGCCGCCGCCACUGUCACCACCACCACAACCACCGGUGCUAGUAGUACCAUCGCCAGUCCUAGCACCAGCGCUGCUGCCACUACUGCCGCCGUCGCUAGUGCUAGUUCCAGUAGCAAGGAUGGUACCAGUGUCGCUGUCGGAGCGACGAAGAAAACAGAAACGGCUGAAAUAUCGACGAAUGUACCGACCGUAGUCGCCACCGCCGCCACCGUCGUUACCGAAAAACCUAAAGAAACCGAGCCCAAAAAUGACGCUACGACCCUCAAGAAAAGUUCGGAAACUGUUUGCAAAAAGAGCACAGCGGAUGCAUCUAGUAACGACGCUGCGAAAAGCGAUACACGCGCAAAUUUCGAAUCGAAAGCGGACCAGUUGUACGCUGAAAUAUCUUCUACGUUGGGAGAAGAGUGUAAGCUCGGCAAACCGUUGAAGAUUGUUUCAUCAGGCGUGAAUUGUCUGGCGAAAAGCAGUCCUGGUAAAAUAGCAAAUGGCUCGAUCGAUCAAACACCGACGACAACGACGACUGAAACAGAACUGGAUAACGAUACGUUGCUAGCUAUACUCGAAGGUACCAACGAUAUUGGCGACCUGAGUACGAGCAUGGUCGUAACUACGCCUAAAGUCGAGUUAGUUGACGAAGUUGAAGAACCGUCGCCGUCGCAACAACCACUACUGCUGCCACCACCGCAACAACAACAGUCGCCGCAACAGCAGCAAGUUCAACACCAGCGUAAAAAACGUAUUAAACCUAUGCUGGAUCCGAACGUUGAAAAAGAGUUGGCGCUGAAGCAGCUGAUGGAUUUCGAAAAGAAGAAGAGCGAAGACAGACUUAAAAAAUCAGCCGCCAAAAAAUUGAAACUCGACGAAGAAGCGGCCCUUCUUGCGCAGCAGCAACAACAACAGCAACCUUUCAGCGGCGCGACAAUCAGCAAUAUCAACAACAACAAUAUCGUCGUCAACGCCUCCGGUAAUAUUAUCAACAACGGCGUUGUGAAGCGUGGUAACGACGCAAUACAGAAUGCCAGCGUAUCGACGACGGUUGCGUCGACGAAAAUGGAUACGUCGGCCGAGCACUCGAUAAAAAGCGAAUCCGCGCCGUCUGCCAAAAAAGUGAAGAAGAACACGUUUAGCGGCGGUUCGGUGGCGCCUAAGAGAUUCCCGAAAAAGUAUCAACGCAUCAUCAAACGGCAGUUACGUAGCUCGAAAUUGAAAGCGAAAACAACGGCGCCGGACCAGCAGCAACAACAGCAGUCGCAGCCGCAGCAACAGCCGCCACCGCAAAAGAAGUUGCCCGAAGUGCCGGAAGUUCAAAUCGCUAUCGACCGUUAUAUCAAAACGUACGCCAGCAAACGAAAACGCAAGCCUGAGACCGCUGCCCCUGCCCCUGUCGCCACCACAACCGCAGCCGCCGCCGAGUCGAAAGAGAAAAGUUUAUCGGACCCGUCGAGCGCCGCAGCGAAGAACGCGGAUCGCGAAAAUACCAAGGUCGGCGCGGUGCCCAGUCAAACCGAAAGCGACGCCGGUGCUUCGAAUAAUAAGCAGCAACAACAACAGCAAGUCAACGCCGCUGCCGCCGCCAAGGUGAGCGACGGUGAUGGAGAAGGCAGCAACGAGCCGUGUUCCGGCGUCGACGAAGAAAUCAAAGAAAACUCGAGUCCGGCGACGACCAAACCAAAGGCUAAUUCUAAAGUUAUGCGCGAAAUAAAUCGUCUGCUAGGCGACGAAGGCGCGAUCAAUAUGAUUUAUUCGAUCGAGCAGAAACGUUUGCCGGACAGUAAACGCGACAGCAACAUUCUACCGUCGUUACGUCGUAAGAAGAAAGAUCUGCUGCUGAAGACGAAAUUAGUGAAAAACGCGGUACUACGUUUGAGUAUGUCGCCUGGUCAACUGAGCCCGGGACGCGUAAGGCGUACGUCUCCCGAAAUCAGCACUCCGUCAUCGUCGUCGUCGGCAACAACCGUCGUCGCCACCGCCACCGUUCACGGCAGACCAAGUAUAUCGCCGUCGAGGAAAGCCUCGAUCGAAUCGUUAGAGUCGAACGCGUCCGAGCAUUCGCCCAAGCAGCGAAAAGUGGCCGCCGAAGCUUCUCGAAUUAUACGACGUCAUUCUUCGAGCAGCGCCUACUCCAGCGACGAAGAUGAAAAUGGCGUCGUCGCUAAAGCUGUCGCGACCACAGCAACCGCUAACGCCACCGAAGCUACGAAAACCAAACCAGUCGUCGACAAAAACGCGAACGGCGCUGUCACUAGUGCGGACGCGGGGGAAACGAAAUCGGUAAAGUCGUCGCCGGUGGUCGAAAAGCACCGUCCAACUACGAACGAUUCAAACACCAACCAUAAGAUCAAUACCCGCAGCAACAAUCGCAACGUCGAAAAUGAAGGACGUUCCGCCGUCGUUGAAGAAACCAAAAAUGGCGAAUGUAACGAGAACUCGGCAGCUGCCGCCGCCAAACGCGAUGAGACUGCUGCCAGUGGAGCUACGACCGCUAAACGCAAAGAUUCCAAAGAAGCGAGCGUCGGCGCAGUCGCCAAAACUCAAAACGAGUCUUCGACUGUUUCUAAUUAUUCUGAACUCGUCGAGCGAUUACAUCUGAAAGAGAUUACCCUUCGUAAAUACGACAGCUUGGUGCAGAUAAUUUUAAUAUCGUCGUCUUGUAAAAUGAAGAACGCUAUAAAUAUUCAGGUAUUUAACGAGCUUACCAACGUUCUUAACGAGCUACAAAAGGACGAAAGUUGUCGAACAGUGCUGCUCACGUCUACCGGCAGCUCUUUCUGCCAGGGUAUCGAUCUGCAGGCUUUAAUUUGCGCCGAUAUGCCGGAACGUCGUAAAGUAGUCGACGAAUACAUUACCGCUUUGCAUAACUUCGUCAAGUGUUUGUCGCAAUUCAAAAAGCUAUUGAUCGCCGGAGUUAACGGUUCGACGGUCGGCCUGGGAGUGACCAUGUUACCAUUUUUCGAUAUGGUAUUCGCCAGCGACAAAGCCACCUUUUACACGCCGUACACCAAACUCGGUCAAGCACCAGAAGCCGCAGCGACGCUCAUGUUGUCGUAUUCGGCGGUGGCCGAAUUAUUAUGCGGAGGCCGUAACCUGACCGCCGGCGAAGCUUUCCAGGUCGGCUUGGUCACCAGAAUUCUAUGGCCCGAUAAAUUCGUCGAAGAAUUAUUACCUAUCGUCAGAAGCUAUAAUGUCAGCCAUUCUGCUCAGUCGAUGGAAGCGAUAAAAUGUCUGAAACUGCAGAAGAAGAACGCAGAAUUGCAGCAGCAUCUCGAAACGGAAGCUAAAAUGUUGCGCCAGCACUGGACCAGCGACGAAUGUCAGCGUAGAUUCAAAGACUAUCUGCAGCAAGAGGCACUUUUGCAAAACAAAUGAAAUUUAAUCUUUCACUUGCAAUAUUCAUUCGUUUUGUAGUCAAUUUUUAUUAUCGUGUAUUUAUUUUAUUUCGUUAUUCGGUUUAAUUACCUAAUCAUUAUUGUUCUCUUUUCACGUCAUCGUCUCGUCUCCUCUCCUCGUUUCGUCUCGUCUUUUUUUUAAAAAUUAAGUAACCUACCUAGCUUUAGAGAGAUAUGUAUUUGUAUAAUUACGUACGUACGUAUCGGUUGUAUUUAUUUUUUUAUUUUAGUCGUGUUUUCCCUUUUCCGUUUCUCCUUUUUCGUCUUUACUUCUUCUUCUUCGUCGUCGUACUUUUACUUUUCGUUUUUCAAUUUCAUGUCAGGUACGCCGCCGUUGAGACGCUAUUAAUUUUCAUUUUUGUCAUCUCGAACCGAAGAACGUGUAAAAUAUCCUAUCCAACCUGAUCACUCGUCAUCUAACAACGAGUACUGGCGAUUGACGUAUUUUGCUUGGACUUGAAAAAUAAUACCUAUUAUUACCUAUCCUCAGCGUAUUGUUUUCCUCGUGUUUUGUUUUGUUUUCCCUUUUUUUUUUUUUUUUUUUUGGUGGUGUUUUUUUCUUUUCUUCAAAUUUUCAUUUUCCAUUUUUUUCGAGUGUUCUGUUUUCAUUUCUUACGAGUUACGAGCGAGCUGUACUUACCUACUCGCUGCGAAAAUGCAAAAAUGCAAAAAUGAUCGAUAACAAGUGCCUUAUUUACGAUACCUACCUGUAACUUUAAUUCAGCGGUCGGUAAACUCGACCAUGAUGCUAAUAAAUGUCCACCUUGAAUAUUUUACCAAACGUGUAAUGUUCUUCUUCCUUCUUCUUCGUGUUAUUAUUAUUAGAUAUUAUUAUAAAUUAUUUAAAUAAAAGAACGGAGAGCUUAGCUCUCUUUAUUUCAUUUGUGUUAUUGGUUGCCGUCGUUGUUGAUGUUGUUUUUAUUUCAAAAUUAUUAUACAUUCGUGUAGAUGUACGUACGACCGAACCUAACUUAUCAUUAGGUAGCUCUAGCUACAUUAUUGUAAAAUGUACAUAGUACAUACGACAUUUUACGUAUACGUGUUGCAACAUUAUCGUUUAUCGUUACUGUUAAGUUUUGUUAUUAUUACAUAAAUUAAUUACCUAUUAUCAUUAUUUUCAUCGCCGCCGUUACAAUUAUUACUCGUAUAGGUAGGCUCCAAUUUCUAACAUCUUUCUUUUUUCGUGAUUCCGAUUACCAUCGUCAUCAUCGUAGUUGUUAUAUAGUUUUUGUUUUUGUUAAAUUUUCCGAAAUUGUUUAUCGGUCGCCGGUUUUCGACCUUUUACCGUACACCCUAACAUUGUCGAGUUUUUGAAAUUUCGUAUUUUUUGUAAUCGGCCCUUCGGUCGUCGAAUAACUACGAAAAUUCGUUAUCAUCUCCGUAUCGUUGGAUUAGUUAGUCGCGUUUCCCUCGUUCAUUUUUUUUUAUUAUUAUCGUGUUUUACUUUUUCUUCUUAUUUUUUAUUUAAUUAUUUCGUUUGUCGGGUAUAUUUAUUUACGUAGGAAUGAUUACUAUUUUUAUUAUUAUUAUCAUUUUAUCGCUAUUAUCGUUUAUCGCUAUUGUUACGUUUAUUUUUCGUACGCCUUGGUUUACCCUACAAAACUAUUCCAUCCGCAUUUUUGUGUUUUUAAAUAGUAUAUGGAAGUUUGUGGGCAACAAUUCGUUACAUUUCGUUCACGUUCGAGACUCGAGUAUAGUACCUUACCUACCUGUACAAAUUCGCGACCAACGAGUACCUAUAUUUCUUAUGUAAAAUCUAUAUAAAAUCGUGACGAAAUGAAAAAAUCGCGUAUAUUUAAAAUUAUUAUUGUUAUUUUGUAAUUUUUUUUUCUCUAUCGAGAGUAAUUUCUUUUGUUGUUGUUUAUUUUUUUUUUCAAUUAAUAUUAUUUGUAUCUAUUGCUAAAAUGUUACAUCGUCGUAGGUAUUAGUGGUAUGUAGUUUUAUUAGUUUUUUUUUCCUAUUUUUCAUAUCACGAUUAAUAUUAUUAAAAACCUACGUUACGUGGCAAUGACAACGGAGUGUCGAUUUGAUAUUUAUUUCUUACGUUUUCUUCUCGUUUCUUCGCCGCCGCUCCCUCACUCCCUCUUUCCCCCUCCCUCUUACCUUAUAUAAUCCGUGUUUUUCUGUAUAUAUACAUGUAAAAUGUAUUACGAUUAUUAUUUUGUUAUUAUCGUUAUUACUUUUACUAUUAUCGUUAUCGCUAUAUUGGUUAAGUAUUAUUACGAGUAUGAUGAUUUUUUUCACCCCCUCUCUGAAAUAUGUAUUGGCGUGGGUAACAACUUUUGUUUUUCGGACUUGUCGUCGCUAUACCUAUUGUAAAAAUAUCGCGACUAUAUAGCAAAUGCGUUUGUUCAAUUUUACCUAUACGAAAAUCCGGAUUAGUAAAGUUACGAAAUGAAUGAGCUGUGUA